GUCACACAAUCUUAAGUAACAGAAUUACGUCUUUUAAUAUGUAUAAAUAUCACUCAAAGAGGAAGACUGUAAGGAAAAUCUUGAAAGUUCCGUUUUUUGAAAAGUGGAAAUAAAUGUAAAAACAUAUUUUGUUCCUCUUCUGAUGAUGUAAUAUGCGAUGUGUUACAUCAGAGCUGAAAAUAGUCUGAAACGCUACUGAAAACAGACUCAUUCCAGUUCAGAGCGAUGGGUUAUGACCAGCGACUGACCAGCAUCUACUAAAAAUACUUACUAAACGGUAUUUUUGCUCUGUUAGGCACUUUCAUAUAUUAAUAAUAGCACUUAAUUAAUUAAAAGCUUUAACAGCAUAGGCCAGUCUUAUUUUUGUGUUUACAUAAGAAGUAAAAUAAUAAGUAUACGUGUUUGAAACCCAGUAAAAGUUUGUACGCACUUACUUUACUAUUAUAAUAAAAUGUGACGUAAACUCAUUCAAACUAUGAAUCAGCUGCACGUAUGGGCAUUUACUGAACUGAACUGAUAAAGGCACAGUAUGUAAUUUUUUUGCAUAAAAAAACCCAUAAACUACUAGCACAGUGUAAAAUAUUUUUUUCACAUUUGUACUGGCGUUACCCCAAAUGUUUUAAACAAGUUUUGAAUACAGAGAAUUUGCUAUUCAAAAAAACACUCCGCCUCUUUGUAGGGUCGCCUGUCAUUGGUGUCAUGUCUCCAUUUUCUGGUAAAAAUCAUAAAUGUGUUAAACUUUAUUUUAUUACAUCAUCCUUAAACAUGCUUUUUAGUCCCGUUAGCUUGAUUUCCAUUCAGCAGUGGGGGUAAAAACUCCAACUCAUCUUUCCACUCUUCUUCAUCAAGCUUUUGUAUGUUUUUUGUAUGUCAACCUCUAUAGCAAAAUUACAUAUUGUGCCUUUAAACCAAACCCUCAUAUUUAAUCUUUAGAGUUCCUGCCCUGUGUUUAAAUUACACCUAUUGUGUAUUUUCCAACUUCAUGAGAAUGGGAUGCUUUUUUAAAGUCUUGUCUAUUUCUGUUUAUUUAAUACAUUUUUAAUUUUCUUUUGAUCGAAAAAUUACAUCACAACAAAUUUAUGAAGUGUGCUCACACUUUUGACUGGGAGUAUUUGUACUGUAUUUGGGGUUUGCGUGUAUUUAUUUUUAUAUACAUGCUGUGAGUAGCCCCAAAAGAAUUUGGACACUUAAAGGUGCAGUGUGUAAAUUUUCGGAAUAAGGAUUCUACUGACAGAAUUGCAAUUUAAUAAACAUAACUAUAUUUUUAGUGGUGCACUGCAACAAAUGACUUUCUUUCUUAGUAUUUUUGUAAAAAUGAGAAAAAAAUCUUGAAAUACACUGAAAAAAAUUAUUCAUUCAAUUUACUCAAUUUUUUAAGGUAAAUGCUUGCAAUCAAUUUAUUUAAGCUACAUUUAAACAAAAGUUUGUUUUGUUUUUCUAAAUUUUUGCAAAAAAAAUUUAGUAAAUUGAAGGAAUAAUUUUUUUCAAAAACACUUAAUUCAAGAUUUUUUUUCUUAUUCCAUUGGCAAUUUUUUUUGCUUGUUUAAAGCACAAAUUCACUUAAAUUUUAUAUUUUUUGUCUUAAAACUAGACGUAUUGUCUUAGAUCAUUUUGCUCAUCAAGAAAAUACAUCUAAAUUUAAGAAUUUUUAGAUAUUUUAACUGAAAACAAGACUAAAAUACUAAAUAAAAAAGUAAUUGAUUGCAGUGUGUAUAAAUCUCUUAUUACCGAAUGAGGUAUCUACAUGCACCUCGGGUCCCCUACAUGAAAUUUCACGCUGCCAUGUUACUUCAGUAGCCCUUAAUGGACAAAUUUCUCCACAGGGCACGUUUUGUCACUAUAUUGUCUCAGACGACAACAUGGUUGUCCUGUUGCGGCAACCGUAGCUUCUCUAUGCGCAAUAUCACCACUAGAAAACACAAGAAUCUAUGCGCCACACCUUUAAGUCACAUUCAAAAAAGGCUGAAUGCCUUUGCAGUAGGCUAUGUAAAAAUUAUGAAUCAAUGUAAUUUAUUUUUAAGAUCGCACAAGCACACCUUUGAGGCGUACAAAUAAAAAUCUCUGACGCCAUUUGCUUCAAAGGUUGGCAAAAUAUAUUAUUUUAUUAUCUAAGGCGAUAACAUUGAGAUAGUUCUUAGUAUAGUUUUUGUUUGGAGCCGGUGCAAAGGCGUUAAUAUUUAUACUGUCUAUUUUUAAGCAGACAAUUACGUUAAGCAAUUAAAUGUAGACUAAUAAAUUUUCACUAAUAUGCUGUUAAAGCAACACAAAAUCUUACACACUGGAUUUGUACAAAUUUUAAACGAUCUGUUCAAUAACUAUUGAUAUUUCAGAAACGAUUGGUCACAUAAAAUAGAUAUAUUAUUUUACGCUCGCUUUUGUCGUCGUUUUCAUUUGCUUUAAAUAAUAAUCAGUCAUUUCAUAGCAGCAAGCUGGUAUUUCGACAGGGUAACAAAGUAAUGAUCUACAAACUGUUGUAGAAUAAAGUCUGUGGUUCUUCACAUGUGCCUGCGGUAAAGUAGAGCAAUUUAAAGUACUUGAAAUAUAAGAUGAAUGAGGUAAAUUUCUGGUUCUUCACAUUGCAAUAUGAUAUAAAAUAAUAUAAAAUCUCUCUAUUCUUAGCUUUUAUAUAAACAGGAAAUUCUUAAGAAAGACGCACAGUGUUGCACGGUUGACUAGACAGAUGGCAGUUCAGCUAUAUUAGUAUAUUGAAUUAUUUACAUUGCUUGAAUGCGUUCUGCCAACUGUUUUUAACACGUACUGCAAACUUUUCCCCCGGCAAAUUGUUCCCGUUGAGUGUUUGUUAUCGUUUGUAGGAUUCUGAAUAACAUUGUGAUCUUUUGGUUUGAAUUUCUGUGUAGUGCUGCUUGACUAAAUAAAUCUAUAAAACACUCAACGUUCUGGUCGUGUCUGUUGUGUAAGAGAUCGUUGUCUGUUUUUCGUUCAGCAUUUGUGGUAAUAAAUAGUCGUGGGCUGGACAAAAAAAAACCCUGUCAAAGCCAAGAUUAUUUUGAGGAAGUAAAUGUAUGUCUUAAGACACUCAUGAUAGUGACAGCUCACACAGCGAGAAAGCCAUUGGACAUAACAACAUCCUGUCUAUGCAUAAAAGCAUUGCAUUGGUUAAAAAAUACCUUCUGUAACAAUUAUACAGGAAAAUAGGAUAAUUUUAAGUUUUAGGCAUCAACCACCCUUUUCCCUGUAGCACAUUUUAUGUCUGAUAGUUGUUCAUCAAACAUACUGAACCGCUUUCUCAAAGUCUUGGUCUUCGCUGAUGUUUCAAUAUUUCGAGAUAUGGACAUGAAGACGUGGAUGGCGGGCACACAGUGUGUUGCCAAAAAGGAUCAUGGUAAACCUAAAGCUGAUGAAAUACAGUAUUGCAAAGGUGAUGUCCUCACAAUCCUGGCAUCAGGAGGGAAAAAAGGAGUGUACAGAGCGAGACACAACACCACCGGAGAAGAAGGCCUGGUGUCCGCUUCCAACCUACGAGAGAGGGAGGCCAUCCGUAUAGACCCUAAACUCAGUCUAAUGCCCUGGUUUCAUGGAAACAUAUCAGGACCACAGGCUGCCCGCAAACUCCGGACCAUGGAAGACGGCCUGUUCCUGGUUCGAGAGUCCAUCCGACACCCGGGCGAUUUCGUACUGUGCGUCUGCUUUAACCAAGAAGUGUUUCACUACCGCGUCAUCUUUCGAGACAGCAAACUGUCCAUCGACAACAAAGAGUUCUUCUCCAAUCUCAUCGACAUGAUAGAGUUUUAUACCAGAAACAAAGGUGCCCUGGCUACAAUACUACUGAAGCCAAAAAAGAAAGAAGGCACAAAGUCUGCUGAGACUGAGCUGUUAAAAUCUGGUUGGUUACUGGAUAUCUCAAAGUUGACUUUAGGAGAUACCAUUGGUGAAGGGGAAUUUGGAGCUGUCUUCGAAGGCGAGUACGGAGGGCGGAGGGUCGCCGUCAAGAACAUCAAAUGUGACGUUACAGCUCAAGCUUUUCUCGAAGAGACAUCAGUCAUGACAAGCCUUCAUCAUAAGAAUCUGGUGCAGUUAUUAGGGGUCAUUCUGCACAAUGGACUUUAUAUCAUAACAGAAUUAAUGUCAAAGGGAAAUUUGGUGAAUUAUCUGCGCACACGAGGACGUUUCGCUGUCAAUGCGGCUCAGCUGCUGAGAUUUGCUCUAGAUGUGUGUGAAGGUAUGGAACAUCUGGAGUCAAAGAAACUUCUGCACAGAGAUCUCGCCGCCCGCAACAUUCUGGUGUCUGAAGACUCGGUCGCCAAAGUCAGUGAUUUCGGUCUGGCUGUGGCAAAGGUCAGUGCGGACACCCCAGACACCUUAAAGAUACCUGUGAAGUGGACAGCACCCGAAGCGUUAAAGACCAGGAAAUUCUCCACUCAAUCGGAUGUAUGGAGUUAUGGAAUACUUCUGUGGGAAAUCUUCUCUUACGGCAGGCAGCCAUACCCCAAAAUGACGGUUACUGACGUGAGAGAACGUGUGGAUCAAGGUUACCGCAUGGAGUCACCCGAUGAAUGUCCACCUGAAAUCUACACCAUCAUGAGGUCCUGUUGGGAAACCGAUCCCAAAAAGAGACCGUCUUUCCACAAACUUCGAGACAAACUAGAAAAAGAGGUCAGGAGAUUUGAAACGUGAUCGCUUUGAUCCAGUUGUGUAAACUGAUGACUGUUCAUCAGAUGCCAAAGUUGACAUCGUCUUUAAUAUUGUUCACAUGUGUCGAACUUACUAUUUAUUUCUAUUCGAGCACUUUCUAUGUGUGUAUGUUUAUUUAAAUUUCUUUAUUUGUUUAAGAAAUUACGUGAUUUAGUAAAAUGGACCUUUAUGAGUUCAGAUCGGUGAGGAAUUGAUCCCUGACUUUUGAUUUCAUUCAGCACUGUGCUUCUCAGAUGGGCAUUUGCUUUAUCAUAUUUUGAUAAAUUUGCUAUAAAUAUCGCUUUUGUCAUGUCAAAGUCUGCUGUAUUUUAGUGCGUGUUAUUCUGUCAUUUGACGACAGGCUGGUUAAAUUAAUAUGUGUCAACAUGGAUUCAUUGUGAAACAUCAGUGCCUUGUGUUGUACGUGAUUGAGGUUUAAUUUCAAUAAAUGCAUCAUAAGGAAAUAAUUUUUCCAAAACAGACCCUUUAAUUCUGUGUUUCUUUCAAAUUAAGUCUAUCUGACGCAAAGAAAUUUUGAGGGAAUGGGACGUUUAUCUGGGAUUAACAUUUGUAUUGUCUGUAUCUUGUGCUGUAAGUAACUACACAGCAACUAUGCAGAAUAUCCCAGCAAGCCAUUCCCAGUAGUAUCUCGUGGGACAAGAUUUUGAAAGUAUUUUUGUUGAAUUAAAUUGCUCAAUCCAGAUUACUGGUCUGUUGUCAUCACCCGUAGAUUGAAUCCCGCCCUCCUUUUUUUUACUGUGCUGUUUAAGCCACAGAGAGGAUGAUUUGUAAUUCAGCAAGAAAUUGUGAAAUGAUUCAACAGAAAAAUAUCUAGAACUGAAUGCAUUUCUCCAAAAACUUUUGGUAAAAUUGUAAAAAAGAAAUUGUAUUACAUUUGUAUAAAGAAGAUAUAAUAUAGAGUACAGUAUAAUAAGUGUAAAGUAUAGAGCCAUAAAAUGAAUAUGUGAGUAUAAAAUUGUAAAUAUUGAGACUUUAUUUUAUGAGACAUCUAAGCAGUGAGCCCCAUUAGGCUCAAAUUAAAAUCAACGAUCAUUACUGUGUAUAACAGGGUUUCCCAAACUGGUGUUCACGAACCCCUAGUGGUUAGCAGGGGAAUUUCAGAAUGAUCGUUAGUUGAGGAAAAAUGAAUAUGACAAUUAAAUCAUAAAUGUACGGAGCCCCUAAGGGGACAUGGAGCAAAAUUAAAUAAAGUUUAGUUUCGUGCGCGUACGUGAAACUACCGCGUGUUCACGUGAAACUACCGCGUGUUCACGUGAAACUACCGCGUGUUCACGUGAAACUACCGCGUGCCCACGUGAAACUACCGCGUGUUCACGUGAAACUACCGCGUGCCCACGUGAAGCUACCGCUUGUAGUUUCACAUGCUCAUCUGAAACUUUCGCGUGCGCACGUAAAAACUAUCAUGCACGCAUGUAACUUUCGCUUUCACGUGCGCGUGCAAUAGUUUCACGUGCGCGCGCAAUACUAACCAUAAAAAAUUCUGCACAUGAAGGUUUUGCGUGAGUACAUGAAAGUUUCACAUAAGCAAAUAAACUUUUUCGAUUUUUUUACUCCAAUGUCACCUUAGGGGCUCGGUGAAAAUGUAAAAAAAGUUUUAAAAAUAAAAAUCUUUAAUAAAACACAAAAUAUACAAAAUAUAUAUUUAAUUUGUUUAGUCUAAACGUCAUGUAACCAUUACACAAUAUUAAUAUAUCAGAAACUGAGAACUCAUGAUAAAUGAACAGAUACGUUUUAUGUACCAAUAAAAGAAAAUGUCCAGAUGAAGCUCCAACAACCGGUAAUAAUAACAAUAAUUAUGAAAAAUACUACUAAUAAAAUCUUUAAAACUGAUGAAAAGUAAAUAUUUUCAAAAAUAAACAUGCAAAUGUACUAUUAUAUUAUUGUAAUAUUAAUUCAAAAUCUCAAGGAGUACUUCAAGUAAAUAAUUUAGGUCAAGUGGUUUCUGCUGACAAAAAGUCCCUGGUGUAGGAGAAAAGUUGUCAUUUUUUGGACGAUAAUAUGAUGAUGAGUCGAUCACACAUGAUAAACUUAUGAUCGGACACAAGAGGAAUCAGUUAGGAAAGUUAAUAUUUCUCAUCUACAAACUACAUCACAGACGGCGUGAAUCACAAAAUCAGCCUAGCGACUGUAAAGUUUUGCUGUGUUAAACUUGUUUUAAACUAUUUUUAUUCUAAUAAGAAAGCACAUGGUUCGAAAUAACUCGAUUUAGUUUGAUGUCUUCAGUCUGACAGCAGGACUGUUGUUAGAAAGCAAACGUUAAUAAAUUGAUUUAAUUUAAUCCUAUUAAAACAAUACACCACAUCAGUGACUCCGUUGACUCUGUUGAUUUCCUUCGAAGUUCUUACAAAACGACACUCAGAAAUGACUCAUGAGGUGAGUAAAAAAUGUAUAACAUUACUAUAAUAUAUCUGUCUUUCUGUUUUUAAGUGUAUGCAUGUGUUUUGUAUCUCUCGCAGUCGUGGACGUUUUUAAUCUGAGAUGUAGGAGUGGGAGGAGCCUGGCUGUGAAGAGCUAUUUGAAUGACAGGACUGAAGUCAGACACAUUCAAGUUGUUUAGUGGCUCCGUUGCUCUUCAGAUGAAUUCGAUCGACUGCUGGAGAAACCGGUGGAUGAAGGACAGAUUGGAGACGGAGAACGCUGAA